AUGGCCACGCCCCUUUUCGUCCCGCCCCUUGCCAUUACUGCACCUCUUAUCACUGUACCUCUUAUCACUGCACCUCUUAUCACUGCACCUCUUAUCACUGUACCUCUUAUCACUGCACCUCUUAUCACUGUACCUCUUAUCACUGUACCUCUUAUCACUGUACCUCUUAUCACUGCACCUCUUAUCACUGUACCUCUUAUCACUGCACCUCUUAUCACUGUACCUCUUAUCACUGCACCUCUUAUCACUGUACCUCUUAUCACUGUACCUCUUAUCACUGUACCUCUUAUCACCGUACCUCUUGGCACCGUACCUUUUGGUACCGUACCUCUUGUUACCGCACCUUUUGGUACCGUACCUCUUGGUACCGUACCUUAUGGUACCGUACUUUUUGUUAUUGUACCUCUUGUUACCGUACCUUUUAUCACCGUACCUCUUGGUACCGUACCUCUUAUCACUGUACCUCUUGGUACCGUACCUUUUGGUACCGUACCUCUUGUUACCGCACCUUUUGGUACCGUACCUCUUGUUACCGUACCUUUUGGUACCGUACCUCUUGGUACCGUACCUUUUAUCACCGUACCUCUUGGUACCGUACCUUUUAUCACUGUACCUCUUGGUACCGUACUUUUUGUUAUUGUACCUCUUGUUACCGUACCUUUUGGUACCGUACCUCUUGGUACCGUACCUUUUGGUACCGUACCUCUUGGUACCGUACCUUUUAUCACCGUACCUCGUGGUACCGUAUCUUUUAUUACUGUACCUCUUGGUACCGUACCUCUUGUUACCGUACUUUUAUCACUGUAUCUCUUGGUACCGUACUUCCUAUCACCGUUUUAA